AUGGAUGAAUGUCCAAACAGUACAGUGACUGAAUUGUACAUUGUAGCUUUCUCCACCUAUGAAGAAGGACAACUUGUGCUAUUCAUUGGCGUUUUACUUAUGUAUCUAAUGACUGUGACUGGGAACAUAUUAAUUGCUAUACUUAUCUGCCUGGUGCCCCAGCUCCAUACACCAAUGUAUUUCUUCCUGUGUAACCUAUCAGUUGCAGAUAUCGCAUAUGUUUCAAGCACUCUUCCUAAGCUGUUGUCUAUAUUUGUAACAAAGGACAAUAGGAUGUCCUUUCCAGCCUGCAUUAUUCAGGUCCUCUGGUUUACAUUAUCUGUUAUUUCUGAUAUUUUCACUCUGACCUCUAUGUCAUAUGACCGAUAUGUAGCAGUCUGUAAGCCCUUACAAUAUCAUCUGAUCAUGAAUAGGAGAAUGUGCAUUAUAAUGGCUGCUCUCUCCUGGCUUAUAUCUGCUGUAAACUCACAAAUGUAUGCAAUCCUCACAUCCAUGUUAUCUUUCUGUUCAUCACACAAAAUUGACCAUUUCUUUUGUGACAUAAAAUCAUUAUAUACAAUCACAACUAGUGACACUACAAGCAGGGAAAUUCUUAUGUUAUUUGAUGAUAUAUUUCUUGCUUUUCUACCAUUUUCUCUCACUAUAAUUUCCUAUGUAUAUAUAAUCUCAACCAUAGUGAAGAUCCAUUCUUCAGGGGGACGUUUCAAAGCCUUCUCCAGCUGCACCUCCCAUCUCACCACUGUCAUAUUAUUCUAUGGUCCAGUAAUCUUCUUGUAUGUUAAACCACAGUCUGAACAUGAUAAAGAGCAGGACAAGAUGUUGUCAUUACUCUAUAUGGCUGUAGUACCAAUGUUAAAUCCAUUUGUCUAUAGCUUAAGGAACAAAGAGGUUUUGGGAGCCAUAAGAAAAAUUACCAGAAUCAAGAGACAAUUGCUUUCCAUGCAAUCAUUUGAAAAAUAA